UAAUAUAGAAAAUACGAGAGAGAGAGAGAGAGAGAGAGAGAGAGAGAUGCAUUUUGGUAAAUUCGCGGGUCAUCUCCCCUCUAUAAAAGGUAGCGCUGAGAAGAGUCUGUCGAUUGCAACUGAGAAAUCACAUCAUCCCACAUCUAUAAAGGAAAGAGCUAGCUGAGAAGAGUUUGUUUGUGAUUGCAAUUGAGAAAUCAAAACCAAUGGCUGAGAAAAGCAAGAUCUUGAUCAUCGGUGGGACAGGCUACAUCGGCAAGUACGUCGUGGAAGCAAGCGCCAAAGCAGGAAAUCCAACAUUCCUCCUUGCCAGAGAGAGCACUGUCUCCGAUCCCUCCAAAGCCCAACUCCUCGACACCUUCAAAAGCUUGGGCGUUUCUCUCAUCUAUGGAGACAUGUACAAUCAUGAGAGCCUUGUGAAGGCCAUCAAGCAGGUGGACGUCGUCAUCUCUACGGUGGGCCACGAACCUACCGCCGAUCAGACUAAGAUCAUCGACGCCAUCAGAGAAGCUGGUAAUAUUAAGAGAUUCUUACCAUCGGAGUUCGGAAAUGAUGUGGAUCGUGUCCAUGCUGUUGAGCCAGCCAAGUCUCUCUAUGAGAUGAAAACUCAGAUCAGGAGAGCCGUCCAAGCCUCGGGAAUUCCCUACACCUUCAUUUCCUCCAAUUUCUUUGCUGGGUAUUUCCUCCCCUCGUUAGCACAGCCAGGAGCCACUGCUCCUCCCAGAGAUAAAGCUGUGAUAUUUGGAGAUGGAAACCCCAAAGCUAUAUUUGUCAAGGAAGAAGAUAUCGGCACAUUCACGAUCAAAGCCGUGGAUGACCCAAGAACCCUGAACAAGAUCCUUUAUCUGAGGCCUGCUGGCAACAUUUACUCCUUCAAUGAGCUGGUCUCCCUUUGGGAGAGAAAGAUCGGAAAGACCCUCGAAAGGAUUUACGUUCCUGAAGAGCAAGUUCUCAAGAACAUUGAAGAAUCUCCAUAUCCGAUUAAUCGUCUCUUGUCUAUCAUGCACUGCGUGUUUGUGAAGGGGGAUCACACCAACUUCAACAUUGAUCCAUUAUGUGGGGUCGAGGCAACCGAGCUCUAUCCUGAUGUAAAAUACACCACUGUCGAUGAAUAUCUUGAUCGGUUUGUCUGAGGAUCCAAAACCUGUCUUGAGUUUUGUUUUGUUCUGUUCUUGUUGCAUUAGGUGAAUAAGUGGUUUCCCAUAUGAUUCUCCUGCGAGAGAUAUGAGUUCAGUUACUUUCAUUUCCUUGAGUUUUGUUGCAUUAGGUGAAUAAGUCGGUUUCCAAUAUGAUUCUCCUGUGAGAGAUUUGAGUUCAGUUACUUUCGUUUCCUUCGGUUAGAAACUUGUUGAGGAAAUACAACUGUAAUCUGAUCAUUUUAGACAUCUUUGGUAAGAGUUAUGGUGUGAGAAUUUCAUGUAA